AUGGAUUCCCUGGAGGAGAGUGAGGAAGAGGAUGACAUACAAAAACCGUUACAAUCUCAUGAAACCUAUUUAUGUCAAGGCUUGAAACAGCUCUACCAAGCUCAACAACUUUGUGAUGUCACCUUAGGAGUCGAAGGACGACGCUUUCCUUGUCAUAGGAUGUUGUUGGCAUCAGUCAGUCCCUAUUUCAGAGAUGUUUUCAUCCAUUCCAACAAUGAAUCACAGUGUGGAGAGAUCCAACUCAAGGAUAUGGCUGCCUCCACAAUUCACAGCCUGCUAGAGUAUCUCUACACAGAGGAGUUGUCACUCACAGCAGACACUGCCCAGGACCUCUUCACUGCAGCUAGCAAGCUCCAGAUUCUUCCACUGAAAGAAACAGCUGGAAGGUUUCUUGAGAUGAACAUCUCCAUGAGUAAUUGCCUCAGCCUAUACGGUCUGGCCCAUCAACACAAUCAUCAAACUCUGAUCCAAGCAGCCUCAGACUACAUCAAGCAACACUUUGGACCCCUUUCUAAGCAAGAUGCCUUCCUAAAUCUGGAACACAGUGCUCUGAGCAACCUCAUCACCUCAGACAGCCUGGAGGUACCAUCUGAACUUGUCAUUUACCAUGCUGUGCGCAACUGGGUAGAGUUUGCAACUUCCACUCGUCUCCCAAUGUUUAAGGAACUCCUAGGACAUGUCCGCUUUCCACUGCUCACCCAUGUGGAGCUCAUUGAUGUUCAGGCUGACAUUGCAGAAUAUUACAGGCAUGUGCGUUUGAGGUGGAAAGAUUUGGAUGGGGCAGGGCGGCUGAAAGAGAGUGGUGGGCUCCGGAAGGGAAUGUUUGAUGAUUGUUUUGUGUGUUUAGAGGUCAAUGAAAACAGGGCCCAGGAUGGAGAUGACUAUGAAUCUCACUUGCACUGUUUUGAUCCCCAUGCAGAGAAAUGGGAAAAGUUGCCACCCACAAAAUAUCUUAGCUAUUCUGGAUGUGCACCUGUGGACUGCAAACUUUACUUAUCUGGAGGCCAGAAGGAUAAUUCCACGUUUGUCAACACUCUGCAUGAAUACAACUCCUUGACCAGCCAAUGGACACAGCUCCCAUCCAUGUCCACAGUCCGGGCACUCCACCCCUUUCUAGCUUGUGAUAAGAAGCUCUAUGCUCUAGGAGGCUGCAAUGAAUCUGGCCCUCUUUGUUCUGCUGAGGUUUUCAAUGUGGUUCGAAAUUCUUGGACUCCUAUUUCUAACCUGCCCCUCUCCUUGAUGUAUCCUGCUUCAACUGUGCUCAGGAAUAAGCUUUACCUCAUAGGUGGGAAAGCCUCCAGGAGCUACAGGGGCCUUAUUAUUUAUGACACAAACACCGACUGGUGGACUGAGAUGUCCAUGGAGUUUGCAUGCUAUGGCGCCACAGCUGUCUCAUUUGGUAUGGGGGUGUAUGUUUUUGGUGGGUACACAGAGGAACGGGGCAAUUUUCUGGCCCAAGGUGCACUGGCUACUGAUGAGGCUCCUUGCUGCACUAAAGGAAGCUUUUACCUCAAUGAGAAUGGCAGAGUGAGCUGGGAAAUCAGAAUCCCGGAGUUGCCUGUGGCUUUAGCCUUUGCUUGUGCUGUUGAGUGGCAAGGCAAGAUUUUCCUCUUAGCAGGUAAAGAUGAGAAUUGUUCAUAUAACACAAGUUACAGCUGGGUCCCAGAGGACACAAGUUGGACUCGGUGCCCAGAGGAGAUCCCUGUUAGCAACGAGGCACAAAUUGUCAGUUGUGUAAUCCUCAAGAUGCCCAAAAAGCCACUCCGAUCCCUUCUGCUAGAGACAGUGGCAUCCUCAGCUGUCAUUGGGGUGGAUAACACCAAGAGGGGAGGACAACCAAGCUCUUCCGCUAGACAGAGCUGCAGCCUUAACUGCUGUUGGGGUGGAAGAUAA